GUUGGCGGUACCAGUUACUCUUGACUUCGCCCAAACUGCCACUUCUGCCGUUGUUCCCCUUUCGCGCCAAAAGAACCCUAGGCUACCGCCUCCGCCGCCCGCAUGCACCUCCAUAUGCCGCCGCCGGCGCCGUCAGUGGCGCGGCAAGUGGAGGAGAUCGCGGAGGAGCCCAACCGCGCUGUCGCGUACGCGCGCCUCCUCCACCUGCAGCGCGCGUGCGCCGACGACCCCUCCGCCGCCGCCGACCUCGCCGCGGCCCCCCCCUCCACCCUGCUCCCGCUCCUCCUGCGCGACGCCGCCGACCAUGACGAGGAAGUCGCUGCCUCCGCCCUCAAGUGCCUCGGCUUCGCGCUCUACCACCCCGUCCUCGUCUCCACCAUCUCAGGGCAGUUGGCUCAGUCUGUAUUGGCUAUUUUGGUUCAGCUGAUCAUGACUACCAAGAUGAAGGCUAUUUGUAAUCUUGCAGUCUGGUGCAUUUCUGUUCAACAGUUAGAGGCUUUGGUUGUAGAGGAUAAAACAUCUCCCGUGCUGAAUGCUAUUGUUUAUGCCCUUGACAAUCCAUUUGGUUCUUUGUCUACAACAUUUGAGGCAGUUCAGGCUACCAUGAAACUUGCUAGUCAAAAUCCAAAAGGAAUGAGGGACCUCUCAAGCAUGUGGGUUCCCCCGAUAUACCGAAGACUCUUAAGUGCUGAGAAGCCGGAAAGGGAUAUGGCUGAAAGAUGCCUCAUUAAAGUGUCAUCAGUUAUUUUACCUCCUCAAUCUUCUCUUUCUAAGGAAGUAGCAUCGGACCUUGAGCAAAAGCUACUCUCUUCUAUGAUUAAUAUGCUCAGUGACCCUUCGAAAAAAAUUCAAGCAGUGAAAACAUGGGGAUGGUUUGUAUCCUUACUUGGCGCAAGUGCAGUGAGCACUAGACCUCUACUUAAUAAAAUACUUAAAGUUCCUGAGCAGUUAUUUACUGAUCCUGAUCCACAAGUUCAGAUAACCACAAUGGUUACCUGGAGAAAUUUGGUGGAUGCAUUUUUUGCACCAGAGGCUUUAGAAAAUGUGGAUCAAGAGACAGUGCUGUCUCCUAUUGAAGCCAGAGCACGUGUUAGUGCCCAGAUGAAAAAGAUAAGGCUAAUUAUGAUGCCUUUAUGUGGAGUUCUGUCGAGAAGUCAUAAUAUUACUUUAAGUUCCUCCUGCUUGAGCACAUGGCAUUACCUUCUAUAUAAACUUGGUGAUUUGAUUAACCAUUUAUCUAUUCUGGAGGCUGCUUUUGGGCCAGUACUCAAGAUAAUCUUCUCCAGUGGACUUCAUAAUCAGAACAAGCCACUGUGGUCAUUUUGCAUCAAUCUUUUUCACGAUUUUGUUUCAGUAAGAGUUAGGCAUUUGAGCUCACCCGGAGAGAAUGUGUGUGUUCCACUAAAUCAGAACCUGCUACUCCAAACUUGUACGCAUCUCAAGGCCUUUUUGGGUGUUCAUCAAAUCAAAUGGUUACCAUGGGACAUUACCUGCUUUGAUUUUCAGUUGGGGAUCCUUAGCUCAAUUUUGAAUCCAGAACUACUUCAGAAUAUGGCUGUUGAAAUGGCAGUAACUAUUAUGGACUCCACAACACAAAUUUUCAGGUUGCUUCUACAGGGAAUUCAACUUCAGUGUAACUCAAAGUUAGCUGAUGACAGUGUUGCGAUAUGCAUUACUAAGGUAUGCAAGUUUGUAAACAAAGUGUUUCUGAAUCUGGAAGGAAAGCAAAAGAGUAACAGUUCAGCAGUGUUAGUGCAAUUUGUUCUUCAGUUUGUCAAGUGUACUGUAGAGGAACUGGAUAAUUCUAUGUUGGCUUCUGGAAAGUACGAGUUAUGCUUAGACAUAGAACAAAUAAAGGAGAUGCAAUAUGCAGAAUGCAGUACAAAGUUAUCUUAUCCAAGAAUCAGGCCACUUGCUUACAUGGAGAUGGUUUCUCCAGCAGUUUACUUGACUGCACUGUCUCUGUCAGUCGUAACUCAGUUUACCGGGGAGUUGUCACAUGGAGAUGCCCAUCAACUGGCUUUAAUUAUCUGUUCAUCUGAUCUCUCGGAGAACUUCCAUGCUGCUGUUGCUUUUUUGUAUAUGCAGAUCAUGCGUCCAGUAGAUAGUCAGCUAAGAAUAAAAUGGUUGUUGUUGUGGAACAAAGUGUCAAAGCGCUUGAAUGAGAAAAUGAUCUCUUACUUGAAACUUAGCUGCGGCGCAAGUGGCCAUGAUGCUUUCUGUCAGUUCUUCUGUUAUCCAUUUUUCGCUAGUUCCAACGGUUACCUUCCCAUGACACAAGACUUGGAGGCGGAGCUGGCUAUUGAGGUUUAUGGAUCCCUUUUUACGAACUCCAAUUAUUUAGAGGCUUCUUACAUGGUUUUCCUUGAUAACCUUUUUGAAUAUUUUAUCCACACAAUUGAUGAAAAUAUGUCCUCAUUCCAAGCCAAUAUUGAGUAUUGCUUAGAGAAAAAGUUUGAAGACAUCACUAUCCUUUCUGUUCUUGGGAAAGUAGUUAUUGGAGCACUAGAGAAUGCCCAAAUUUCGAACUAUGCUAACCAAGACGUUGAAAUACCAAAUGAGGAGUCUGAUGGAUGCAGACGACUUAACCUUUUCUUGAGUUGCUUGAAGCUUGUUAACAGGUUUAUGAGACUGUCAAGUUUUGGUCUCAAAGCAAAUCCAGCUGCAAAACACCAAGUCACAAACAUGUUUUUUUCAUCUUUAUCUACCUUUGUUGGGCAUCUUACACUGGCAAAAGAUAUUGUUCUACUCUUUGAGAUUAUUGGAGAUCAACUUACUGAAUGGCUCACUUUAUCUAGCACAUUGUACCUUGAAAUGCAACAAGUACAAACCAUUAUUAAUCAGCUUGAGAAACUCUUGCUCAGCACUGUCAGGUGCCUGACGACAAGCCGGCUCAUCUAUGACUGUUCCUUUCUUCAGAAGCAGCACCCGCUUCUCCAAGUGGCGGUUAACCACCCACAUAAGCCUAUUUCAGCUGCAGCCGCGUCGAUUCAGAGAGCAUCAGGACUGGGCAAUGCAGGCUUGCAGCACGUAGGAUGCCACUCAGUUUCCAAGACAGAUGGGUUGUCAACAGAGGAUCUUAACUGUGCCAGCGACACUGACAGGACCUUCGUGCUCGAGGAACUAAGCAUUUCAAGGAUGUUAGCACCGCCAAUGUCGCCUGGUCGAGGUGUCGUCACGUCAAACUCAACCGACUACGCCAAGAGGAAUGGUGAAUCACUCAGGGUCUCUGCAGGUAUUGGGAGGAAGAGGCUGAAGAUCACGAAGUAUUCAGGCAAGGUCAAGGGACUUGGCAAAGUUACUAGCGAUUCCUUCUCCCCGCAGUGGCUAGAAAGUAAAGUGUGCAGGAAACCAGAACUGAUACUGGAGAUGUUGAAGAGCAAGAGAUAAUUGCUUGAAGCCA